AAGUCACAGAGGGGGUCCAGCCCAGACGAAACUCUGCAAAGUUUGAUAUAAUAUAGUUUCUCAACAACUCAACAGGAUCUUUUCAACACUGAUAUGGCUGCUGCUGCCACAUGUCUGCUGUCUGAAGAUCAGUUUCUGUGCUCCAUCUGUCUGGAUGUGUUCAAUGAUCCAGUCAGCACACCGUGUGGACACAACUUCUGCAAAAUCUGCAUCACUGAACACUGGAGGGUUAAUGCUCCUUGCCAUUGCCCCAUGUGUAAAGAAGUUUUCUCCCUAAAACCUCAGUUAAAGACCAACAUUUUUAUCUCAGAGAUGGUCGCCCAGUUCAGACAAGAAACAAACAGCAGCAGCUCAGAACAACAAGCUGCCAAACCAGGAGAAGUUCCCUGUGGUGUCUGCACUGAAACCAAACUGAAGGCCCUGAAGUCCUGCCUGGUGUGUCUGACCUCCUACUGCGACACUCACCUGAAGCCUCAUCUGACUAAAGCACCUUUAAAAAGACAUCAGCUGAUCGAUGCUGUGGAGAACCUGGAAAACAGGAUGUGUGUGAAACAAAGUAAACCCCUGGAGCUGUUCUGUAAGACCGACCAGACAUGUGUCUGCAUGCUCUGUCCUGUUUUAGACCAUAAGAGACAUGAUAUUGUUCAUCUGAUCAAUGAAUAUGAAGGGCAGAAGGAAGAGAUAAAGAAGACAGACACUGAAAUUCAGCAGCAGAUUCAGGAGAGACAACUGAAGAUCCAAGAGAUCAAACAUGCAUUGGACCUCAGUAAGAAAGCUGCAGACAGAGACACAGCAGAAGGUGUCCAGGUCUUCACUGCUGUGAUGGAGUCUGUUCAGAGAAGUCUGAACCAGCUGAAAGAGGAGAUCGAAGAAAAGCAGAGAAGGACAGAGAAACAGGGUGAAGACUUCGUCAAAGAGCUGGAACAGGAAAUCUCUGAGCUGAAGAAGAGAAGCACUGAGGUGGAGCAGCUCUCACACUCUGAAGACCACCUCCACUUUGUCCAGAGAUUCUCAUCUGUUAAAUCUGCUCCAGCCAUGAAGAGCUGGGAAAAGGUCAGCGUCUGUCCACCAUCGUAUGGAGAGGCUAUGGGGAAAAUUGUGUCUCAGCUGGAGGUAAAAUUCAGUGAAGAAACAAAGAUGUUGCUCAAGGCGGUUAAGCUGAGGAGAGUCCAGCAGUAUGCAGUGGACGUGACUCUAGAUCCUGAUACAGCACACCCUGAGCUCAUCCUGUCUGAUGAUAAGAAACAGGUACAUCACAGCGAUUUCAAGAAGAAACUUCCAAACAACCCAGAGAGAUUUACUCAUAGUCGCUCUGUCUUAGGGAAGCAGAGUUUCUCUUCAGGUAAAUUUUACUUUGAGGUUCAGGUCAGAGGAAAGACUGGCUGGUUCGUAGGAGUGGCCAGAAAGUCAAUCAACAGGAAAGACCUACUGUACUUGACUCCUGAGUAUAAAAACUGGACCAUUGGGCUGAGAAAUAGAAAUGAGUACAAAGCUUAUUCUGUCUCUACUGCCAGUCUCUCUCUGAAGUCGCAGCCACAGAAGGUGGGAGUGUUUGUGGAUUAUGAGGAGGGUCUGGUCUCCUUUUAUGAUGUAGAUACUGCAGAUCUAAUCUACACCUUUAAGGGCUGCCGCUUUACUGAGAAACUCCUCCCAUUCAUCAGUCCACGUAAGAAUGAUGGAGGUAAAAACUCUGCUCCUCUGAUCAUUACUCCUGUCAAACAGUAGAGAAAAUUUUAAAUGGAAAGGUUUCCUUUUUUAAUUAGACUAAAUAUAUAUAAUAGGAACAUUGUAAAGGAG